AUGUGGCUGGAGGGGAAGACAGCCAGUAGGUGGGCUGGGCUGUGGUCCUGCUUUCGGGUUGUUACAUCGCAAAUCACGCUAAUACCGCUAUUUAAACGUGAUAAAGGGAUACACAAACAUGACAGGAUGAGUUAGAGACUGUAUUUCGUGUGUGCCAGUGCACUGAAACAUGGAUCGUUGCAGUGUCCACAUCCUUCUGCUGCUCUUGCUGCAGACUCUGCAGACAUCAGCUGAGGGUUCAGACGGACAGUUGGUGUGUCUUUGUGACAGCCCUAAAUGCCUCCAGGCCACCCAGUGCCAAGGUACGCGGUGUUUCUCCUCUGUCAAAGUCAGCAGCAGCGGGGUGGUGUUUGAGCGUGGCUGCCUGAAGGGGUUGGACAAAAUCCGUUUGCAUUGCUCCACAGCUCCAUCCUCCCACCAGGCCAUUUUCUGCUGCUCCCAGGACAUGUGCAAUGGCAACACCACCACAAAUGCGCUGAUGUCUCUGCUUCCGACAGUGCCAGAAGGUGAGCCAGUUCGAUAUCGCAUGGAGGCCUUGGCUCUCUUUGUACUUGGUCCGGUGGUAGUUCUGGCACUGCUGUCUGUAGUGUCAGUUUUGGCCUGCAGGAAGCUCCACCAUGGCCGUCUGCAGAGGCUGCAGGAGUUUGACACCGAGCAGGGAGCCAUAGACGGCCUCAUCACCUCCAAUGUGGGAGACAGCACUUUAGCGGACCUAUUGGACCACUCGUGUACAUCAGGCAGUGGUUCAGGUCUUCCCUUCCUCGUCCAGAGAACUGUGGCCAGGCAAAUCAGUCUGAUGGAGUGUGUAGGCAAGGGAAGGUAUGGGGAGGUGUGGAGGGGCCAGUGGCAGGGUGAGAAUGUGGCUGUAAAAAUCUUCUCCUCAAGAGAUGAGAAGUCCUGGUUCAGAGAGACAGAGAUCUACAAUACAGUGCUGCUAAGACAUGAAAACAUACUGGGCUUCAUGGCGUCUGACAUGACCUCUCGCAACUCCAGCACCCAGCUGUGGCUCAUCACCCAUUACCAUGAGAAUGGUUCGCUUUAUGACUAUUUGCAGAGAGUUGCCGUGGAGACGUCAGAGGGCUUGGCAAUGGCAGCGUCAAUAGCUUGUGGCCUGGUGCACCUGCACACAGAGAUAUUUGGCACAGAGGGGAAACCGGCCAUCGCACACCGGGACUUGAAGAGCAAAAACAUCCUUGUCACAAAGGAGCUGUCCUGCUGCAUUGCAGACCUGGGGCUGGCUGUGACCCACUCCCAGGCAGACAAUCAGCUGGAUGUGGGCAACAAUCCGAAGGUUGGCACCAAGCGGUACAUGGCACCUGAAGUGCUGGACGAGACCAUUCAGACAGACUGCUUUGAUGCCUACAAGAGAGUGGACAUCUGGGCCUUUGGGCUGGUGCUGUGGGAGAUAGCAAGACGUACAUACAGCAAUGGUAUUGUUGAGGAAUACAAGCCUCCGUUCUACGAUCAGGUGCCAAAUGACCCCAGCUUCGAGGACAUGAGGAAGGUGGUGUGUGUGGAACAGCAGAGGCCUUUCAUUCCUAAUCGUUGGUUCUCUGAUCCUACUCUCUCUGCUCUGGUGAAACUGAUGAAGGAGUGUUGGUACCAGAACCCCUCUGCCAGGCUGACAGCACUGCGCAUCAAGAAAACCCUGGAUAAGAUUCACAGCUCUCUGGAGAAGGGCAAGGAGUCAUGAGGAGCCUCAGAGGCAGCUGGCUGAUUUCAGGGACCGGCUUAGAGGAGAGCACAGUGUUUGUUAAAGGAGACUUGGCGAUAAGAGGGAUGGACAGAGGAAAGUGUUGUUCAAAUGUCAUCCAGCCUCAUCCUUCUCUUGCUCUCUCACUUUCACUGUGGUUGCCUUCCACCGACAUCCCUCUCUCUUGACUUGAAGCCCACACAGAUGUUUGGACUUGUCCUGUCUGAAGCCAGCCUUUGCUACAAGGACACAAACCAGUUACCAAUGCAUUCGCACUGACCUGAACUCUAGACUCUGUUACUGAGUAUGAAGAACAUGGAUGGCAUAUUGUAGUACCCCAUCCCAAAGCUUUAAUGCCCAUUUGUGACUGCUCAAACACACACACACACACACACACACACACUACAUACUGAGUGUCUCUUACUAUUCAAUUUCUGAUCCCCAGCCAGUGUUUGUGCCAGUAUUGGCAUUCUGCUCAGAGACAAUCAGAAGUGUUUCACUCAUUUAGCUUUAUUAGAACAUGCUAACUAUUGCCACAAACACACACUACAAAACACACGUUCACUUAACAAUCCAAUAAAAUCAAAAUUGUUUUUAAACUUUUUAAAAAUAGUAUGAUAUUUAUGUAUUAAGUCUCCACUGUUACCACACUACUGAGGAUAUGUAAGACUGAUGGUGCGCUGUAUACAUAAUAGGCAUUUACUCUACUGGUCUUUCUGUACCUAUAUUGUUGUUACUGGAGUUAGUGAGAAAGUAUUUGUUGAGAAAUAGAGGAAAAAGGUAGGAAACUGUUCCUGUUAGGCUUGAUUAUUGUAUGGAGGAAAAAAACAGGAUAAACUACGGGUACAUUUUUAUCCUGGUGGCUCCUGGAGUAGACGCACAGUAAGUACCUGCCAAUAGGCAUUAGUCUGUAUCUUAUAAUAAGAAUAUGCGUGUGGAAUGAACUGAUCCCCUGUGCCUCACAUACUUCUCAAACUCACUGUGGCUGAUAAAGUCUUCUGUGCAGGAAAAGAGGAAUUAACAAAGAUGUGUUUGUGGUAGAGCAGACCUGUUUUAAGAGCUGAAGUAGUUUUCUGUAGCAAGGUGGGCUUCAAUUUACUCCUCGCCCCCCAUCAUGCCGCACUGUACAAGUUGCCUGAAUAACUAGAAAAACACUCCAUCUUCAUUUGGAAACUGUUUUAUUCAAGAUGCAUUUUAAACAGAAAACGUUGCCUAGGUUUGCGGUUACAAAUGAAUUGAUUCACAAAUGCUGGGUUUGUUUUGGGAAAUGUUGCUUUGUCUUUUUUUACAUGUAAUAAAACAUUUACUGCACUCUUGCCUAA